AUGUAUGUUGUGUUUGUAAUCCCGAGAACUUGUGGAGGUAUAGCCGCACAGAACUCCACUUACUUCACAAAUCCUGGCUUUCCCUCGGCUUACAAUAAUAACAAUACACUUGAUUUGAUGAUCUUUGAAUUAAUGCAACCAAAUGACGGCAGCUGUGAUAACGAUCAGUUUAUGAUAACCGGACAGAAUCUGAAUUCAGUUGUGCCACAAAUGUGCGGCUAUAAUACUGGACAUCACUGUAUAUAA